AUGAUGCUCGGAGUAUUGGGCCUAGCCUGCUUAUACAGACGUGAUAAUGACAGCAAAAGAGCAAAUUAUCGCUUGCUUGCCGAUUUGUUCAGAUCGUGGAACCAAAGCAGGGUUCGCCUUUCCAAGGACGAUGAGGAAUUCAGCAUCGAGAGGGACAUCAAGAAAAUUGCUGGUAGAGCCCGACUGAGGCAGCGUGAGUAUUUCUCUCUGGAAUCCGUAAUGGAUGAGUUCCAGCUUUCUAAUGAGACACUACGGCGGCUGAUGUCGCACAUGAAUGAAUACAUGGACAGAGGACUCGAGGGCGGGCUGGAGAAGUCUACCAUCGCAAUGUUGCCUUCCUUCUUAGCAGAACUGCCGGAUGGCACAGAACGUGGUAAGUUCGUCGCUUUGGACCUGGGUGGUACGAAUUUGCGAGUGAUGACUAUGUACGUUGAACCUGGCAAAGAAAUGGAAACGGAGCAGUUCAACACCAGUGUACCAAAGGCAGCUAUGCAGGGCACCGGCGAACAGUUAUUCGAUUACAUCACGAAGGUGCUUGCUGAUUUCUUGGUCGAGAAGGGACUAGCCGAUGAAAACCUUCCACUUGGAUUCACUUUCUCCUACCCAUGUGAUCAGACGAGCAUAAGGGUUGCUACCUUGUCACGGUGGACAAAAGGCUUCACAGCAAGCGGCGUAAUUGGUGAAGAUGUCGUGAGAUUAUUGGAAGAAGCUAUCAAAAGAGAUGGGCGGAUCAAAGUUGAAGUGGUGGCAGUGCUUAAUGAUACCGUAGGAACAAUAGUGGCAGGUGCCUACGAAAUGAAAGGAAAAUGCGAUUUGGGAGUGAUUAUAGGAACAGGAACAAAUGCUUCGUACAUGGAGAAUACGGAAAGCAAUCACUCAUGGAUUAAAAAAGCAAGUGAGCCAUACCACCACAAGCAGAUGAUUAUCGACACCGAAUGGGGAGGUUUCGGUGAUAGAGGUGAAGCGGAGUAUAUACGAACGCAGUACGACAAGAUUGUCGAUAAGCGAUCCGAUCAUCCAGGGAACUACUGUUUCGAUAAGCUGGUUGCAGGCAAGUGUAUGGGAGAGGUUGUGCGGCUUGUGCUGGAGAAACUCUGUACACUCAAAGUGCUCUUCAAUGGGGAACGCUCAAACCUCUUGUAUACGGUCGGCUCAUUCCCGACGAAAUACAUUUCUGAAAUCCUUCGAGAUGACUGGGGAACAUACUCAAACACAAAGCAAAUCAUGGACGAGUUGGGCAUCGAGGACUACAGCUUCUCCGACAUUCUACUUUUCCGCGAAGUAUGUCUGGUCGUAUCACGACGAAGUGCAAAUCUUAUUGCUGCAGGUCAGUCGCUUCUCUUCACGUCAAUUAAAUUUUCCCCGGUUGUUGGGCCUAUGGGGAGCCUUCGUAAAUACAAGGAUAGAAAAGCAUUCCGCUCUCGAAGUGCACCCAGAAAGUUAGUUUGA